GUCAUAAAUUUUCCUCCUGGUUGUGCGCGUCACAAGUUUCUCGUGCUGGUGGAAAAUUGUGAUUUUUUGGUGAAAAUUAGCAACUAUUCGAGUGAAAAUGGUGUCCAAACAUAAGGAUAAGGUCCGUGAUCGGGAUCGUGAUGGUGAAUCGAGUCAUUCACAUGGAAAAUCACGUGAUGACCGCGACCGUCGCAGAUCCAGAAGCCGGCACCGUGACAAGGAUAGGGAACGAGAACGUGACCGCGACCAUCGGAGGCGCAGCAGAAGCCGAUCGAAGGAUAAACGACGGCGUAGCCGGUCUCGGAGCCGUGAUCGCAGACGUUCGCGGGAACGUGAGCGCUACGAUCGGGGCACUAGCCGUGCUUCGGAUCGCACGAACCGAGAGCGAGAAACCCGCGAGCAGGACAGUGCUUACGAUUACAAAGGUAUCGAGUUCACUCAGAGUGUAAUCGAAUCGAUGAUGUCGACUGCGGCGAAUGCGAAAAGUUUUGCCGAGUUGCUGAAUAGUUACAAUCAGCAGCAGCAAAUUCAACAACAACAGCAGCAGAUACAAGCCCAGAAGGCACUGCUGGAGGCGCACAAUGAAAACAGUCAAUCGUCGGAUGUUGGAAAGGACGGUCCAAGUGGCAGUGGAAACAACAGCGGCGGUGAAGGUGAUGCUCGGCGAAGAAAGAAGAAAUCUCGCUGGGCCGGAGGAGACCACGACAAAACAUUCAUUCCCGGAAUGCCUACCAUUCUGCCGCCCGGAAUGUCGCAGGAUCAGCAGGAAGCAUAUCUAGUUCAACUACAGAUCGAGGAAAUCAGCCGGAAGCUGCGCACCGGGGACAUGAUGAUACCGCAAAAUCCGGAAGAAAGAUCACCGUCACCGGAGCCGAUCUACAGCAGCGAUGGCAAGAGGUUGAAUACCCGCGAGUUCCGCACCCGGAAGAAGCUGGAAGAACAACGUCAUCUGCUAAUCCAAAGGAUGCAGUGCAUGAAUCCGGAUUUCAAGCCACCGUCGGAUUACAAGCCGCCGGUGAUUCGCGUCAGCGACAAGGUCCUCAUCCCCCAGGAAGAGCAUCCGGACAUCAACUUUGUCGGUUUGCUCAUCGGGCCCCGUGGAAACACCCUGAAGGCCAUGGAGAAGGACACCGGUGCCAAGAUCAUCAUCCGUGGCAAGGGUUCCGUGAAGGAAGGCAAAGUUGGACGCAAGGAUGGUCAGCCGCUACCGGGAGAGGAUGAACCGUUGCAUGCUUUCAUCACUGCCAGCAAUCCGGAGGCGGUCAAGAAGGCUGUCGAUCGCAUUAAGGAUGUCAUCCGGCAGGGCAUCGAAGUGCCAGAAGGUCACAACGAUCUCCGGCGAAUGCAACUGCGAGAACUGGCUCAGUUGAAUGGAACUCUGCGGGAAACGGACGGUCCUCGUUGUACCAACUGCGGCUCCAACGAGCACAAGACCUGGCUUUGUCCGGACAAGCCGAACAUUACGAACAAUAUAGUUUGUUCUUCGUGCGGUGGGGCAGGACAUAUUGCUAAGGAUUGUCGUAGCAAACGUCCGGGACAGGGUGGUCCACCAGCGAGCAACAACCAGGCCAAGAUCGAUGAAGAAUACAUGAGUUUGAUGGCGGAACUCGGUGAAGGACCCCCACCAGAGUCGAACAACCAGCAUAAUUCACAGGCAUCCAGAUCCUACGGUCUAUUCGAACCCAGACAAGCUCCACGUCCUCUCAUGCAAACGCCGCAUCUGCCGCCCCCACAUCCGGCUCCACCUGCGCCACCAACCACCAGCGCUCCUAUGCCUCUGCCUCCACAGAUGAGCCAAUGGAACAUGCCCCCGAUUCCUGGUCCUCCACCACCACCUCCAGGAGUAACCCCACUCAUGGCAUGGGGACAGCAACCACCUCCUCCAGGUGGUAGUCCAGAUAUGCUCCCUCCAGGCACAGCUCCUCUGCCUCGAUACCCUCAAAGUUAUCCACCACCACCCCCGGGAGUAUCGCAACCCCUAGCGCCGGGCACUGCCCCCGUCGGAAUGCCCUCUUGGAGCGGGAACAGCGGAUCGGGUGGCCCGCCACCUCUAAUGCCACCAGGAUCAUGGCAACCCCCAGGUGGCGCUCCCGGUACAGGCUUCAUUCAACCGCCACCCAUGCCAACCGGGCUGCCACCGGCUCAUCUUUUAAGUGCGCCACCCCCUCCACCUCCACCUUCAUAGAAAGUGGGUGGACAGACACGUACUUUGAUCUUUUACAUUACCGGAAAGCAGUAGGUAAUUUGUGUAAUAUUCAAUCGUUUCAGCUAGAUGGGACAAAUAAUGCUAACUAUGAUAACUUUUCCAUGGAUAAUUAUUAAAACAAAUAAUGAAUCAAAAAUUUAAGCUUGCUCUAGACGAACAGUUCUAAUGUAAGGCAUAAGUAGGAAAAUGAAGCUAAGGUC